UAGUCAACAAAAAAACAUCUGUGAAUGAAGUGCCAACAAGGCGAAAUAAGACAUGGGAAAUACAGAUACAAAGCUUAAUUUUCGCAAAGCUGUUAUACAGUUAACAACAAAGACACAGCCAAUAGAGGCCAGUGAUGAGGCGUUCUGGGAACAGUUUUGGUCUGAAAGUGUGACAUGUGUCCAGGAUGUUUUCACACUGAUUCCUGCAGCAGAGAUUCGAGCACUGAGAGAAGAGUCUCCAUCAAAUCUUGCGACACUAUGCUACAAGGCAGUGGAAAAGCUUGUGUCUGCUGCAGACUGUGGUUGUCCUUCCCAGCGAGAACAGCAGACAGUGUUAAACUGUGUGAGACUGCUGACCAGAGUUCUACCCUACAUAUUUGAGGACCCUGACUGGAGAGGGUUUUUCUGGUCUACCCUUCCUGGCCAGUCAGAGGAAACAGAGAAUGAAAGUCCACCAUUGGCGCAAUCCCUGAUCAAUGCCAUAUCAGACCUGCUAUUCUGCCCAGAUUUCACAGUAGCAUCCAGUAGGAAGACAGGACCUGAUAACCCUGAAGACAUGCACACUAUAGACAGUUGUGAGUACAUCUGGGAGGCUGGUGUCGGCUUUGCUCACUCUCCCACCAGGAACCAGUACUACGACCAGAACCGAUGUGAGAUUAUCAAACUUCUACUCACCUGCUUCUCCGAGACCAUGUACCUCCCUCCUGUUGCUGAUGCUCACAGUCAUCCGAAUCAGUGGAUCCAAUACUUCUCCUCCACAGAAAACAGACAUGCCCUGCCACUCUUUACCUCACUCCUGAACAUUGUGUGCGCCUAUGACCCGGUAGGGUAUGGUGUACCCUACAACCACCUCAUGUUUAACGACUCGAGUGAACCACUGGUGGAGGGCGCUUUACAGGUGCUUUGUGUGACGUUAGAGAAUGAUUCCUCCUCGCAGCAGAAUGUGUCUGUGGAUGGGACGUCUGGGGGUACCGCCAUGGAACAGCAGAGUGAUGUAAGACAUUUUCAUAUGAAGGAAAUUCAAAGACUAAUCAAACAGCCUUUUUUCACUCAAAAUCUCACAUAUGUCUCUCACACACACCUAUUUAUUCAACUUCUUGAUGUUCCCUCACUGUAUAUUAGUAUAGACAAGAUGACGGAGAGAGCAGCUCCCGAUGAAUGUAAUGCUGACCCCACCUUAAAGGAGCUGGCCACAUCAAGCGGAACACACAAUGUCCAGCCCCCUAAUGAGAUUCAAGACCCUACAGAUGGGGAGAAAGAGGAAGGGGCUGAAGGCACUGAGAAACCAAAGAUGACAAGGACAAAAAGCUUGCCCAGCUCUCCAGCCAGUCCCACCCACUCCGCCGCAGGGUCAGAUGCAGGAGGGCGUGCCCCCAUGAUAAGGACAGCCUCCACUUCCAGCCCGGGAGCCUGGGUAGCCACACCUGACUGGGUGAUGUCAUGGAAACAGAAAUUACCUCUUCAGACCAUAAUGAGGAUGUUACAGGUGUUGGUCCCACAGGUAGAGAAGAUCUGUAUAGACAAAGGUCUGACUGAUGAGAGUGAGAUCCUGAAAUUCCUCCAGCAUGGUACAUUGGUUGGUCUCCUACCUGUGCCGCACCCUAUCCUUAUCCGCAAGUACCAAGCUAACAGUGGUACAACCAUGUGGUUCCGCACCUACCUGUGGGGCGUCAUAUAUCUCAGGAACGUGGACCCACCAGUGUGGUAUGACACAAAUGUGAAGUUGUUUGAAAUCCAGCGAGUUUGAAAUUCUUUAAAGAACAA